AUGCGCCGUUUCCUGCUGACGUCCCGCAAGCCUUUGCAACAGCGGGCCCUCUCCCUAGGAUUAGUGUGUGCCUUGGGUGGGACCCUCCACUUCGGCGCUCGUGGCGUCGCCAUGGCCCAGUUCUAUCCCAUUGGGAAGCCGGGAGUUCCCUGGGGGCCUACCGAGCGCACGGAGUGGCUGGCAAAGCAGAGCAUCAAGCGGUCCUACCACGAGGAGGUGCUCUCGAAGAUUGAGAAGUUAAGGCAGGCGGGCGACUUUGAGGUGUUUCAGUAUGGCGCCCUCUCCUACGACACGGAAAAGUAUCCCCUCUUUGCGCUGAAAACGCCCGGCUUCGGAAAGACUGGGAAGCCGGUCGUGCUGGUCACGGGCGGGGUGCACGGCUAUGAGACGAGCGGGGUGCAGGGGGCUCUCCGGUUUCUGGAGACAGAGGCCAAGGAGUACGCAGACGAGUUCGACAUUCUGGUGGCCCCAUGCGUGAGCCCCUGGGGGUAUGAGACCAUCAACCGAUGGAACCCGAAUGCUGUGGAUCCCAACCGGUCCUUCAAGAAGGACUCGGAUUCUGAAGAGGCAGCUGCCAUCAUGAAGCUGGUCUCUGGCAUUGAGUCGCCCGUGUUGCUGCACAUGGAUCUCCAUGAAACCACCGACACCGACGAGAGCGAGUUCCGCCCAGCGCGUGCCGCGCGCGACGGCAAGGAGACCUACGUCCCAGAUGCAGUGCCUGACGGCUUCUACACCGUGGGCGACACCGAGAACCCGCAAACUGAGUUCCAAGCUGCUAUCAUCGCCUCGGUGCGGAAGGUCACCCACAUUGCGCCUCCCGAUGCAAAGGGCUGCAUCAUCGGGGAGCCCGUGGCCCAAGAAGGCGUCAUCAACUACCCCAUCAAGUCGCUGGGGCUUUGCAGCGGCGUGACUGGGGCAAAGUUCGUCAGCACGACGGAGGUGUACCCCGACAGCCCCAAGGUCACGGACGCCGUGUGCAACGAAGGCCAGGUCGCUGCAGUGACCGGCGCCCUCGAGUUCGUGAAGCAGGGCCUUCGCGCCAAGGUGGCCAAAGUGCAAGCCUAG